AUGCUCGCUUCCCAUUUGUAUUCCAGAUCUUCUGUUCAGAAUGGGGCCUCCUCUUUACCACCUAUCAGAUUUGGCCCUUCCCUCCUACCAAGGAGACCGCUGGUAACAUUCACAUUUUUACAUGGAAUUUUUCGAAAUAAAGGGGGCGGUAUAGGAUUCGAACCCCCGAUAUCACUGCUAAGACCCUCCGACUCGCCCACUCGAGUCGCUUAGCCCUUCUAAAUUGGUCCAAGUGGUGCAUCAGGCUUAGGUUCUGCUUUAGCAAAUUGCAUUAAUCUUUCAAAUUUGACACUUGAUCUUCGUUCUAACUAAAUUGGUGCAAGUGGUGCAUCAGGCUUAGGUUCUGCUCUAAAAAAUUGCACUAAUCUCUCAAAUUUGACACUUAAUCUUGGUGGAAACUAAAUUGGUGAUUAAGGUACUUCAGGCUUAGGAAAUGCUUUAGCAAAUUGCACUAAUCUCUCUAAUUUGGCACUUUAUCUUGGUGGAAAUAAAAUUGGUGCAAGGGGUGUAUCAGGCUUAGGUUCUGCCUUAGCAAAUUGCAUUAAUCUCUCAAAUUUGACACUUUAUCUUAGUUCUAACUAAAUUGGUGUAAGUGGUGCAUCAGGCUUAGGUUCUGCUUUAGGAAAUUGCACUAAAAUCUCAAAUUUGACACUUGAUCUUAGUUCUAAUUAAAUUGGUGCAAGUGGUACAUCAGGCUUAUGUUCUGCUUUAGCAAAUUGCAUUAAUCUCUCAAAUUUGACACUUGAUCUUCGUUCUAAUUAAAUUGGUUCAAGUGGUGCAUCAGGCUUAGAUUCUGCCUUAGCAAAUUGCAUUAAUCUCUCAAAUUUGACACUUGAUCUUCGUGGAAAUUAAUUUGGUGAUUAAGGUACUUCAGGCUUAGGUUCUGCAUUAUCAAAUUGCAGUAAUCUCUCAAAUUUGAAACUUGAUCUUAGUGGAAAUUAAAUUGGUGAUUAAGGUACUUCAGGAUUAGGAACUGGUUUAGCAAAUUGCAGUAAUCUCUCAAAUUUGAGGCUUUAUCUUGGCGGAAAUGAAAUUGGUUAUUCAGGUGCUUCAGACUUAGGUUCUGCUUUAGCAAAUUGCACUAAUCUCUAAAAUUUAACACUUGAUCUUAUUAGAAACUAAAUUGGUAAUUAAGGUACUUUAGGCUUAGGAAUUGCUUUAGCAAAUUGCACUACUCUCUCAAAUUUGACACUUUUUCUUGGUUUUAAUUAAAUUGGUGCAAGUGGGGCAUCAGGUGUAGGAACUGCUUUAGCAAAUUGCACUAAUCUCUCAAAUUUGUAACUUUAUCUUAGUUAUAAUUAAAUUGAUGCAAGUGGUGCGUCAGGUUUAGGUUCUGCUUUAGCAAAUUACAGUAAUCUCUCAAAUUUGACACUUGAUCUUAGUGGAAAUUAAAUUGAUGAUUAAGGUAUUUCAGGCUUAGAAACUGCUCUAACAAAUUGCACUAAUCUCUACAAUUUGACACUUUAUCUUUGUGGUAAUAAAAUUGGUAAUUAAAGUAUUUCAGGCUUCGGUUUUGCUUUAGCAAAUUGCACUAAUCUCUCAAAUUUGACACUUUAUCUUGGGUAAAAACA